GUGUGUGUGUGUGUGUGUGUGUGUGUGUGUGUGAGAGAGAGAGAGAGAGACUCGGCGGUUUGAACACAAGCGGAACUGCGUUUAUCUGCUUUUAUCUGUGUAACUGAUUCCUAACCGCAGUUUCGGAGGUGCAGUGUGUUAUUAGAGCUGAUGUGUGUGCAGAUGGACUUUCCUCGGAAUUAAGAAGCGUGUGUGUGUGUGUGUGUGUGUGUGUGUGUGUGUGUGUGUAUUCAGCGGGAUGUGAGUGCAUCCAACCACUAAGUCACUUCCUGUGUGCUGACAUGUUUCCGUGUUGGACAAUAGAGCAGUGGUUGCCAUGGUGCCCAGGACCCUGCAGGAAUGCUGUUUGGUAUUGCUAACGAUAGACUCACCCUGCCCCGCCCACUUGCUGCCAUCAGCCAAUCAGACUCCAUGGAAAACUCCUCCUCCUUGCCAUGGUGGGAGAACAGCAGCUCAUUGGUGUUCAGGACUCUCUGGGCAACGCCCACUGCACAGGUAACAGAGCAGGUAUUGGUGCAGGAGGCGGGGCAGGAUGUUGGUGGGCGUGUCCUGAGCGUGCCACUGCAGGUGAUCUUUAGUGUGCUGAUGGUGUGUGUGUUGUUGUUGGCGCUGUGUGGGAACGCAGUGGUGUGUGUGAUGGUGUAUCGCCGCGCCGCCAUGCGCUCCGCCAUCAACUUCCUGUUAGCCAACCUCGCCUUCGCCGACAUGAUGCUGGCAGUCACCGCUGUGCCCUUCGACCUGGUCACCAUGGUGACAGCACAAUGGCUGUUUAGUGCCACCCUUUGCCGGGCGUCGGCCAUGCUCUUGUGGCUGUGUAUGUCGGUGGGCGUGGCCAUGCUGUUGGCGAUCAGCGUGGAUCGUUUCCUGAUCAUUGUGCGGAGACAGGACCGUCUCACGCCACACCGCGCCAAGAUCCUCAUCGCCGCCUCCUGGAUCCUCGCUUUUUUCCUAUCUUUCCCACUGUUGCUAGGAUACCCGUCGCUGCAGGUACCCCCUAGUGCACCACAGUGUGUGCUCAGCUACUCCCCCAACAGCAGUUACCAUGGAUACGUGGUGAUCCUAGCCCUAGUGAGCUUUUUCAUGCCGUUCGCCAUGAUGGCGUGCGCCUUUGCCGCGAUCCUGAGCUCCAUUAGGCACAACGCGCUUCGGAUCCGUUGUGACUCCGCCCUCUCCCUGUCUAAGCCCCGCCCCCUCCACCUGAGCGUGGAUGUGGGCUUUAAAACUCGAGCGUUCUUCACCAUCCUGCUGCUGUUUGUGCUGGCGUUCACCUCGCUAGCGCCCCUGGUGGUGUUCAGCCUGUGUGCGGCGUUCAGCAGUGCUGUUUAUAACAGUGAAGGGUUUUUCCAGGUGAGUGCCUGGCUGCUGAUCCUCAGCUUCCUGCGCCCCGCCCUCAACCCACUCAUCUACUACUGCCGCAUCAGGAAGUUCCGCCACGCCUGCGCCCGCUGGGUGCCCUCGCUCUGCAGGCUCCGCCCACUGCUGCCCAGCCACGCCCAGCGCAGGAUCCAGCCCAGUGCCGUGUACGCCUGCAGUGAACAUCGCUCCAGCAUCUAACUAACACACACACACACACACACACAAUACGUCUUUACUGUGCCUGUAAUUCACUUUAUAAUUGUAAAUUUAAUGAAGCUGUGUGUUUGUGUGUGUUUACUGUUUUUUUUUCAGGUCUUGUGCUGUGUGUGUGUUUUUGUUGAUAUUAGACUGUGUGUAAAUUCUGAAAAUGUGCAAUACUGUACUGUUUGUUUAAUUUUUUCACCACAAAGAUUAAAUUUAUAAAAUCAUUUUGGUGUUUAUGAUUCUUCACACUGUCUCUUCAUCUCUGUGUUUAUCACACACACAGCUGAUGAUGUCAGAACACUGCCAUGUUAGCAGUUAUGCUAAGUGUAAUUUCAGUGUCACAUGGCGUUUUUUUCUCAGUAAUUUAGCGACACAGCUGAUGUGAAAUGUUGAUAUUGUGGAUAGUUCUGUCUCGGUUCCACUCUCACUGUCUUUACACUGUCUGUAUAAAUUAACUCUCAGGGCUUUAACAAC